UAUCGACUAUAACCGAACCUGUCACUAUUUUUACGCAACUCACUGUUAAACGCGGUAGAUUUCAAAUUCAGAAAAUGCGUGGCUUGGGCAUUCGUGAAGCGUUUAAACAUCCACUGGUACUUCCAAUCUACGCUCUCUGCAUACUCGACGCAUGCUGGAUGUCCUUCCACAUUGUUCGAACCAGUCUGUAUAAUCCAGAUGUGGUUUGGGAUCACAAAAAUAAUCCAGAACCAUGGCAGGACCAUCGGGAUAAACGCUAUCGGCUAUAUGCCGGAACCUACGAUUAUUCCAAACGUCCCUGCUUAGCACCCAUUUUCAAGGACGGCGAUGUGAUACCAGUCGAGAUGCCGAAAGAUGCAGGAAAAUUCAAGGGAAAUAACUAA